AUGGGUGAUGUUGAGAAAGGCAAGAAGAUUUUUGUUCAGAAGUGUGUCCAGUGCUGCACCAUGGAAAAAGGAGGCAAGGACAAGACUGGGCCUAAUCUUCAGGAUAUCUUUGGGCAGAAGAUGGGUCAGGCUGUUGGAUUCUCUUACAUAAAUGUCAAUAAGAACAAAGGCAUCACUUGGGGAGAGGACGCACUAAUGGAGUAUUUGGAGAAUUCCAAGAAGUACCUCCCUGGAACAAAAGUGAUCUUUGCCGGCAUUAAGAGGAAGGUAGAAAGGGCAGACUUGAUAGCUUAUCUCAAAAAUGCUACUAAUGAGUAA